AUGAGCAAUCAAACCCAUAAAGACGUCUACGUUAAUCCUCCUGACGAGAAUUAUCCUGGAGCUCGUCAAAGAUCAAAACCUGGACAAGGUCCCGCCGAAGAGACGUAUGAUAGAACCAAAGAUGCGUAUGGUAAUAUCGUAACUGAUAAACCUGCGAACCGAGCGAUACUUGCAUCUCAAAAACGCAGAUUGGAACAUGAAGCGAAAUUGAAAUCUCAUACUGAGCAGCGAAAAGCCAAAUCAAAAUUGAACUCAACAAGAUCGUCUAUCUGGUCAAUUCUACCAUUUCUGAUAUUCUUACCACUCUUAUCAUCCUUUUUAACUCAAACUUAUUCUUUUGGACUAUCCCCGUACUUCCUACCCCCUCUAAGAAGAUUUUGGGCUGAAACCCCCUUGAACCCUUUCAAAGUGGAAAUGAAAAUGUUCACUCCUCAGUCACUCGCGUUGUAUGAUGGAAAAGAAGACCGACCUGUUUAUCUAGCUAUCGAUGGUACUGUUUAUGACGUGUCCUCGAAUAGGAGGAUAUAUGGGAAAGGAGGUAGUUAUAAUAUGAUGGCAGGAAGAGAUGCGUCUAGAGCAUUCACAACAGGAUGUUUUGAGACUCAUCUAACCCAUGACACUAGGGGACUGAGUGAAGCUGAAAUAGCGUCUCUCGAACAUUGGAAAUCGUUCUUUGCCAAUCAUGAAAAAUAUCCUAAGAUAGGUUAUGUGAAGAAUCCCCCUUUGACUGACAGCGAUCCAAUUCCUGAGCCAUGUAGAGUUGCUGAACCCGAGCCUGAUUCCAAGGGUCAACAUGCUCCAGGAGAAGCAGCCGCUAAGAAAGGGAAGAGCAAGCCAGAACCUGUACACGGAUAA